CUUUCUUCGCCUUCCACUCCCUCUCCUCCGUCCGCCAUCGUGUCGCUGUUUCGGCUGCUGAGACUGCGCUCAUCAUGGAGAAGAUCACGGACAAGAUCGCGGCUUUGCCGCCAGACGCCAAUUACUUUUCUCUGGAGUUCUUCCCUCCCAAGACAAAGAUGGGUUUCGCCAAUCUACAAGCCCGGUUGGAGCGUAUGGCCCAGGCUUUGCGCCCGCUGUUCGUGACGGUCACUUGGGGCGCUGGAGGAAGCACCGCCGCGAGAUCGCUGGAGCUGGCGGAGAUCUGUCAGCGCCAACUGCAGUUGACGACAUGUCUACACCUUACCUGUACGAAUAUGAGUCGCGCCUUGGUCGACGAAGCCCUGGAGGAAGCCAAGGUGCUUGGAAUCAGAAACAUCCUGGCCUUGCGUGGUGACCCGCCCCGGAGCGAAGAAUACAACAUGCACGGCGAGGAUGACAGCAACAAGGACUUUACAUUUGCCGUCGACUUGGUGCGCUACAUUCGCAAGCAGUAUGGCGACUAUUUCUGCAUUGGUGUGGCGGCGUACCCCGAGGGUCACCCCGCCGAUAACUUCCAGGAUGUUCAGGAUCCGGCCAGGGACCUGCCCUACUUGAUCGAGAAGACGCAGGCCGGUGCGGACUUCAUCAUGACUCAGUUGACCUACGACCUGGAGGCAUACACCAAGUUUGAGACGAUGCUACGGAACCAUGAAUCUGGCGUCUUCAAGACCAUCCCCAUCGUCCCCGGUCUGAUGCCCAUCCACAGUUACAAGAUUUUGACGAGAGUCACCAAGCUCAGUCAUGUCAAGAUCCCCCCGCAAGUGCUGUCCAAGCUGGAGGAGGUGAAGCAUGAUGACGAUGCCGUGAAGCGCAUUGGUGUCGACAUCAUCACUGAUCUUGUGUAUGGCAUCCGCGAUUUGGUCUCUCCUGGUCUCCGCGGAUUCCACUUCUACACUCUGAACCUGGAGAAGACGGUGUCUUUCAUUCUCGAGCGCUGCGAACUCAUUCCCCCCUACACAGAGAUCGAUGACUCCGAUGCCUUGGUCGAUGGAGGUAACUUGUCUGCUAUGGAUUCGUCGUCGUACAUCGCCCCGAACGGUGCUCCCAUCCGCACACUGGCCAGCCGCCGCUCAUCCGUCAGCUCCAUCCCUCACAACCGUGUCAUCGUCGACAAGGUACAGAUCUCCGAACCCUCUUCGAAAGACUCCAUAACACAUGAAGCCUCCGCCUUGAGCGCCGGCCUUCCCGCCAUGCCGCCCGACCGCAGCACAACCCUCCAGAUCUCCGAAGGUCUCGGUGCCCUCGGCAGAGAAGCCACAUGGGAUGACUUCCCCAACGGACGUUGGGGUGAUGCACGUUCGCCCGCUUUCGGUGAGAUCGACGGUUACGGUCCCUCGCUGCACGUCUCCGCUGCCACUGCCCGGCGCAUCUGGGGCUACCCGGUUACCCGCGAAGACAUUAGCACCCUAUUCCGCCGCCACGUCUCCGGCGAGCUCCACAUGGUCCCCUGGUCCGAAGGAGGCGCCGAAGAGGACAGCAAUGGCCUUAACGCCGAGACAGCCGUGAUCCAACCCGAGCUUUUAACUCUGAUCGACAAGAAGGGCUGGUGGACUCUGGCCUCGCAACCCGCCCUUAACGGCGUCCGCAGCGACGACCCUGUCUUCGGCUGGGGUCCACCGGGAGAGGGAUUUGUCUUCCAGAAGCCCUUCGUGGAAUUCUUCUGCCCCAGCAAAGACUACCUCAAUGUCCUCAAGCCCCUCCUCCAGAAACACGGCCACGAGAAGCUCGCCUGGUUCGCCACCAACGUCAAGGGUGACUUCGAAUCCUCCCUCCCCGGCCCCAACCCCGACGACCCGGACCCGAUCGACAUCAACCCAGCCAACGUCAACGCCGUCACCUGGGGUGUCUUCCGCGGCAAGGAGAUCGUCACCCCCACCAUCAUCGAGGAAGUCAGUUUCCGCGCCUGGGGAGACGAAGCCUAUCGCAUCUGGGAUGAAUGGCGUCGCAUCUACCCCAAGAACUCGGCGACGGAGCGCUUCCUGGACGAGACCAAGAACGAUGUCUGGCUUGUCUGUGUCGUGGGUCAAGAGUUCGGCGCCGGCACAGAAGCUGGCUCGGAGGAAGAGGAAGAUGAGAAGAAGUGGAUGUGGCGCGAGUUGGCGAAUUCCCAGUGAUUUAUCUGAUAUGAUGGAUGUAUUAACCUAAACUAUGGACUACUUCUGGCCGCUGGCUUGGUCUGGGUGGUGCGUGGUGCGUGUGGUGAUGAUGGCUUUGGUUCAUUUGGAUUUCCACAGUAAGUAAAGCACAGUACUACUACUAUACAAAUGGGGAGGGGUCUGUUUUCAUUUGAUAAUUGAAUCUUGUCUUAUUUUCAACAAAUCUAAUUCGAUUAUGGAAGAGGGAAUGAAGAGGGG